CAGAAACAAACAAACAAACAUUUGCAUGACCUCAUCGACUCAGGACCCUCUUUCUUCUGCACUUCACCCUGCCGAAUAAAAAAGGAAAAAAAAAAGGAAACAAUUGAGAGAAAGGAAAGGAAAAAACCAGUCUUUCUUUCUUUCUUGCCUUCUUUGCUCUCUCUUUUUCUUCCAACCUCUUCUCUUCGGUGGCUUCCCAUGCUUCUUCUCUCCUUUUUCUUCAUCUCCCUCUCUCAGAAAAUGUGUUGCUUAUCUUCCUUCUCUUUAACCCCAUCCGCACCGUCCGCACCUUUCUUCUCUUCCUAUGCCCCUAUUAACUAUAUAAUCUAAACCCUCCUCCAAAUUUCCCCAAACCACUGCCUCUAAAUCCUAUUGCCCUUUCCUGAAUUAAGAUCUAGGUUUCUUAGCUCGAUUUCAUUUCAUCAUUCUCAUCAGUGAGCAAAUUUCACCUCUUUUAUUUUUUUGGGUUUCCGGCUUUUUCAUUGACUACAUUUCUGUUCCAUUGCAUUUGCAUAAAGGUUCUUAUCCACAAUUGACUUUCUGAGGUUAUUUCUUUGGCAGGUUGUUGAAAUGAAGAGGGCAGCAUACUAUAAUACUGUUUCUGUCCCACAAGUUCAGGAACAAUGGCCUAUCAAAAAAGCCCUUACAUUGUCUGAUGUGGAUAUUACUCAUCCAUUCCUAACUCUGUCCAGGCAGCAAGUUGAUAAUCACAUUAUUGUGCACAUGACACAGCAGCAACAGGAUCAUUUGAGAGCUGUAGGCCAGGUGGAUUUCAAUGCAAGAGAUGAUGACACUGGUGAAAUGUAUGUGAUGAAGUUGAAGUGGCGUGGGAGUUAUUAUAAUCUGAUUGGCAAAUGGGGAAAAGUUGUUCGAGGAAAGGGACUUGAUGUUGGUCAAGAAAUUUAUAUAAGGUGGGCUAAUGGCUGCUUGUACUUUUCGGUCCCUCAACAGCAGAUUGUCGCUGUACCACCUAUUCGGAUGGUCGCAGCACCACCAGUGCAGGACCAAUGGCCUAUUAAAAAGGUGUUAACGCUGUCUGAUGUGGACACCAAUCAUCCUUUUCUCCCUUUGCCUCGCCGAUUGGUUGAAGAUCAUAUUCUUUAUUACUGGUCACAGGAACAACGAGAAGUAUUGAGAAGGGAAGAGCAGGUAAAUGUGAACGCCAGAGAUUAUGAUACUGGUGAAAUUUAUUUGAUGAAAUUGAAGUGGAGGGGUAAUUACUACAACCUCAUUGGCAAAUGGGGAACAAUAAUUCGACAGAAGGGACUGGGUGUUGGGAAAGAGAUCAAUUUGCGAUGGUUGAAUGAAUGCUUAUACUUCUCAGUUCCUCAGCAGCGAUAUGUUGCAACGGCAUCAGGCCAGGAUAAUUGGCCUAUUAAGAAGGCGCUCACGUUGUCUGAUGUGGAUACUAAUCAUCCAUUUCUUACUUUACCUGGCAAGGCUGUUGAAGAUCAUAUUCUGUUCUACUGGCAGCCUCAGGCCCGUGAGCAGUUGAGGAAUGAGCAUCAGAUAAGUGUUAAUGCUCGGGAUGAAGACACAGGUGAUCUAUAUUUGAUGAAGCUCAAAUGGAGAGGAAGUUAUUACAAUCUGAUUGGCAAAUGGGGCAAAAUUGUCAGAGGCAAGAGACUUCAGGUUGGAAGUGAAAUCAGACUUCGUUGGGACAAUAACUGCUUGCUUUUCUCAGUUCCUCAGUGAUGCUGUUCAAUGGCUGUUAUUGGAAUUUUCAGGAUGGCCUAAUAGAGAUGGAGCAUAUAUUCUAGAUGAAAGGUUUUACAAAAAGCUAUGUGGAAGCUGCUUCUAUAACAAGGUGUUUAUAUCCAAUAAAAAUGAUAAUUCUGCUUCUACUUUGGAAGGAGUUUCUGUUGGCUGAUAAUGUUGCUUCAAAGAAGGCUCCAGCGGAUGCUAUACUUGUGGACUUUGGUGAACUUAAUUGACGAAAGAUCUUGGGUUUCAUGCU